GUGUGCGAGAAGACGACAGGGCAGCUCUGCCCCUGUACCGCCUCUGCGCACUGCGGGCUGACGCAUCUCCCGAGCGCUCGCCACAGCAGACAGCAGGCAGGAGCUGGUAGCAGCGAAGAUUGUCGGUUCCAAGGAGUUCCUAGGCGACGCCAUCGAAUGAAAAUUCCACAGGAGGCUGAUGACAAAAUGAAUGCAGAUGCAGAAGGAACAGAUUUUGAAAAUCAAGAGGAGCUGGAGGAGAAGACAAGGCUAAUAAAUCAGGUUUUGGAACUGCAGCACACACUCGAAGAUCUGUCAGCCAGAGUUGAUGCUGUUAAAGAAGAGAACCUGAAGCUCAAAUCUGAGAACCAGGUGCUUGGUCAGUACAUUGAAAACCUCAUGUCAGCCUCCAGUGUCUUUCAAACCACAGAGUCGAAGAACAAGAGAAAGUAAGGAGCUCAUUCCACUGAUACCCGUCAGCUUUAUAUCUCGACAGACCAACCAAAAGCUCCAAGAAGACAGACAAAUAAUAGUAACAUUAAUUAUGGUAAAGGGGAUUGAGAGUUGAGACUGUCCAGUGUUAGACUGUAACCCUGUUAGAACCAGUAGCUUAUUGUCUUGAGUCAGCUUGGAUACUUUUUGUAUUUAGUCUAUUUAAUUAUGGAAUAAUAAACCCUAAUGCUCAUA